AUGUCCAGGUCGUAUUCAUCGUCGACCUACUUUCUGCCAGCACUUUUAUUCGUGCUGGUCUUUUGUCUGUCGCGCAAUGGCGUCUACGCCUUUGGCGCCGGCAACAUUCCUUCGUUUGCGUAUAUGGAGGGAAGGGCGUUUAGACAUGGCGAUAUCGAAGACGUAUUGGACGAUUUGGCCAAAGGCGCUGCCGGCGGGUUCGCUCUGGCGAGCUUGAUUGGCAAGGGCCGCAAGUUCAAUGCUUUGGACAAGAAGCGUGUCUACUUUGGCAACUGGCUGCGAGACUACAGUCAGGCGAUCGACAUUGCGACGCUCAAGAAGAUGCCUCAGCAGACUAUUAUCAAUUUGCUUAUGGUUCUUGGAUUUAUGGCCCAUGGAUAUGCUACCAAUGAAUUCGAGAUCACCGAGGAGCGUCUCGGAUGUUACCUUCCCGUCGAGCACAUUGACAAUCCAAAGGGCUAUGGCGACGGAGAAGACCCUCGCCAAUACCACCCAGGUCUCCGCCCCCCCAUCGACCCCCGUGAACUCGAGAUUGAUCCCCGAACCGGAAUGAAGAACUACAUCGCUAACGAGGACGGGCACUGGGACACCUCCAAAGCCUACGUCCGCCGCAUCCUCGAGAAUUGCAUCCAUCACGGUCGUCUCCACCGAUCCCGCGGCCAGAAGCAGGACGAGUACGAGGCUUUCAGGCUCCUUGGCACUGCAUUGCACACCCUCGAAGACUACUCUGCUCAUUCCAAUUUCUGCGAAUUGGCUCUGGUUGGGAUGGGCUACAAUGAGGUAUUUACUCAUGUAGGCGAUAAUGUCAGGGUGCAGGCUCCCAACGGGAAAUGGGUUGCCCCAAUUGUGACCGGUACUUUCGGAAGUGAUGAUUUCUUCCACUCGCUGCUCGGAGGUGCCAGCGACUCACUCAGUGAAGCAUCCGUGAGCGACCUCAACCGCGAACUCGAUAAAGCCCGCUCGAAAGCUCAAACCCAAACGCGCGGUCCCGGAGGACCACCUUGCGAUCCCGCCGACGCCCUGCGCGACCUCUUCUUCGCCAUUCCCGGUGGCGGAGGAAGUGAGAUGUCCAGGGACCUUGAUAACAUCCAAAGAAUCCGUGCAGGACCUGCAGCGGGUGGCAAGAAUCCCGACGAAAUGAGUCCCAAGGAGCUUCACGCUACCCUCUGGCAGGUUCUUCUGUUCAGAGAUUCUGUGAUGAAGAAGAUCUCCAAGACAAUCGAGAAAAUCCCGGGUCUGGGAAGCUUACUCGAUAAGAUCACAGACUCUAUUUCCGUCUUCGUGUUCACCACUAUCGAGCCCUUCUUGAAGCCCAUCCUCAAGACUGCUACUGAAGGUCUGCACACUGUUUCUGCAGAAGUGGUCGACAAGCACGAUCAAUACGAAGUCUUCAACGAUCCUCGUGCUUCGGAUCCCACCCACUCGUUCUUGAGCAAAGACCACUUUAACCUCAUCCUCAACGAACCAGCUGGAAAGCUUGCCCAAGUCAUCGUUAUCAACACCGUCCCCUUGAUCAUCAAAGCCUGGGACGACGCCAGCGUGAACGUGAACCAAACAAUUGAAGAGGUCACUCAAUGCCUCUUCCACCCCGACUUCCAUAACCCCAAUUCCAAGGUUCAGCGUGAGAUGCUCCAAUGCAUGCGCGACUGGGUCGAGAAGCUCCCCAACAAACACCAAAUCAUCCAACGCCUCUCCAAACAAUCCGUACGCAACCAUGAGCACAUUCGGGCUGCGGGGGACGGUGGCCCACCCGCUUCGCAGGGUUCCUUCGCCGAAGGCCAAGCACACCAGUUCCAGCAGACGUUGCAAGGAUACGCGCAGAAUAUUCCUGGGUUCUCGGCUGCGCAGUCGAUGUUUGGAAGCGCGCACGGGUAUGCUAGGGAUAUGCCUGCACACGGGCAUAGGCACGGACAUGGCGGGCAUUCACAUGGCCCCCCUGCCUCCGGUGAAGCUGCUUCGUACUUCGGAGGAGGGGCGCCUAGCGCACCUCCCAUGCCUGCCUCGCCUUCGACGUACGGUGCUCCCCCAGUGCCACCCUCUCCUUCGACCUACGGCCCACCCCAUAGCAGCUUCGUAGAGCCCAACAGACCAGGAUACUCUCCCUCGUAUUCUUCCCCUCCUCCCAGCUUCCCAGGAGGAGGAGCUCCUUCGUUCCCAGGAGCCGCACCUGGAUUCCCGAGCGGUCCUGGUGGGUCUCCACCGCCUUCUUUCCCUGGUGCUGCACCUGGGUUCCCCGGCGCUGCGCCUCGAUUCCCUGAUGCCGGAGGAUACGACGGUGCACCCCCGUUCCCUGGGGGACCUCAAGGGUUCCCUUCUGCUGACUCUUAUCAAUCUGGGUAUGGUCAGCCUCCCAGGUUCCCUGGUGGCCCCGGAGGGUGGUAA